UGUAAUUAAGCUCGAUCGAUCAGGACAGGAAGCACACCAAGCACCACGUACUCACGCCCUACACAGUCACAAACAUGGACAUGGAUCAUCAUCAGAACCACGGCGACGCCAUGUACUACUACGCCGGCGACUACACGAGCGCCGCCGCUAAUCCCUCCUGCUCCUACUCCUCGACGGACUCAUUUCCAUUCGACUUGAGCAGAGGAGAGAUGAUCGACGCGGCGGAGGUGGAGCAGGCAAGAAGCCAGGCGGCGUCGUUCCGGCAUCAAAACUACACCAGCUGCAUGGGCGCCGCCAACCCCUCCAGCUCGGAGUCAUUCUCUUUCGACUCAAGCAGCGGCGAGAUGAUCAACGCGGUGGAGGUGGAGCCGGCAAGGAGACGGCGGGCGGCGUCGUACAUCGGCGUGCGCGCGCGGCCGUGGGGCAGGUUCGCGGCGGAGAUCCGGGACUCGACGCGGGGCGGCGCGCGCGUGUGGCUGGGAACCUUCGGCACCGCCGAGGCCGCCGCGAUGGCGUACGACCAGGCCGCGCUGUCCUCGCGCGGCGCGGCAACGCCACUCAACUUCCCCGUGGACCGCGUCGAGGAGUCGCUCCGCGCACUCGCGCUCGGCGCCACCGCCGGCUCCACGACGCCCACGGGCACCGGCGGCUCGCCCGUCCUGGCGCUCAAGCGGCGGCACUGCAAGAGGAAGAGGCGCAACAAGGCCGAGCUAGCGGCGGCGCGCAGGAAGAACAAGAGCGGUAGUGAAAUGGCCGAUGAGAAGCGGUUCAUUGUGGAGCUGGAGGACCUGGGAGCCGACUACCUGGAGGAGCUCCUCGUGAUCACCGACGACGCGCUUCAGCUUCAAGUACCAGCAGAUGCGUUUGUGCAGUGUGAUGAAUUGUUACAUACCCAGUCGAUCGUCUAAUCAUCAUCUUUAGCGUUGAGUGGAAACGCGUGCUAAAGAUUAUGCAAGAUUACUCCUAACAGUCGACACUUUCCAACUCUGAGUCUAACACGACUAUGCAAGAUUAUUAUUCCUAAUAACAUGAUAAUGACUAGAAACCUAUAUGAGAUGAAGAGUAGGAGCAUAAAUG